AUGCCAUUUGGUAUAAAGUUGGAGGCUGUGGUGUUAACGCUGCAAGUAACCACGCUGUUAUGGAUCUUGUGGCAACAACUACAGCCUCUAUCUGAUAUUUCAGAUCUUAACCAGAUAAUUCAGAAACUGGAACGCGAUCUCGCCAAGAACGAGAAAGCUCGAGCCGAAGAACGGCGAGGCCGCAUUGCUGCAGAGAAGGAAUUGCGACGUGUGAUGGAGGAGAAGCUUGACACCAAAAAGGCCUGCUUCGUUCAGCCCGUAGGAACUGUCCGCUCUUGCUUCAAAGAGUGUUUAGGAACACCUCGUCAAGGCUCGCUUGCGCCAUCGACACGAGCACAAAUUAUCUUUCAACGAAGCAUAUCGCCCGACACUUUAUGCGGACUGGAAGAUUUUAGUCAUGUCUGGAUUGUCUUCGUCUUCCAUCAAAAUACGAACGGCAAGAAUACUCGAGCUCACGAGGGUCUUCGAUCGGACAGCCAUCGUCAUACUUUCCGGGCCAAGAUUUCUCCACCAAUGCUGAAAGAACGAGUAGGCAUCUUUUGUACCCGGUCACCUCACCGCCCCAACCCAAUCGGUAUCACGCUGGCGAAAAUUGAGCACGUUGAUAUUCGUAAACGGACGGUGUAUCUCUCUGGUGUCGACCUACUAGAUAACACUCCAGUGUUGGACAUUAAGCCAUAUAUUUCAGCGUAUGAUAGCCUUCCUGACGCAUGUGUAGCUACUUGGGUGUCCACUUUACAGCCAUCGAUUGAAAUUGAGUGGGAGUCAGACAUGUUGAAAUCGGCGAUCCACAAGCUCUCCAGAAAAUCCGUACAUUAUCGUAACGCUCCUGAUCACUUUGUGGCUGCAAUCGAAGAGGUCUUACAAGUGGACGUUCGCAGCAAGUAUCAGACUCGUCGGUGGACGUCCCCUGACUACAUCAACUACCAGAUCGUCGACAACAUUCGCGUCAAGUACCGGUUUGCAUUGCUGCCUCAGCCGUCUUUGUCAAUGGAUAGCGAAAAUGAUAUCGACACUGCGCACAUUCAGAUUUUUGCAGUCGAAGAAUCGAUUACCAUCGUGGAAUCAUAA